GAAAUUGAGUUGAAGAAUCAUUCUUUACUACAUGGAAAAGUGAUAAGGGUCAUGUGGUCUCGUCGCGAUCCUGAUGUGAGAAAAAAUGGCAGAGGGAAUGUUUUUGUUAAGAACUUAGCUGAAUCCAUAGAUAAUGCAGGAUUACAUGAUUUAUUUCAAAAGUUUGGAAAUAUCUUGUCCAACUUUGGGAAUUGCUUUGGUGCUUCAAAUUGGUUUAGAGGGAGUGAUGAUAGUGAUACUGUUGAGAAGCCACGGGAACGAGGUAAUAGAAUUGAGGAUAAUAUUGAGGAUGAUAAUGAAGAUUAAGCUGUUUAUCAUUGUGGUUUAUGGGUUAAGAUGGAGUAAUGUUGAAAAUGGAUACAUGUAUGGUAGACUAAUUACUUUUAUUAGAAGAUACUUAUAUAGAAUAUAAUAUUUUAGUUUUCUG